UACUGUAUUUAAGGAAUGGGGGAGUUGAUGAUCGAGGUGCUUUGUUAUGCUAGACAGAAGAUGAAGUGGUGUGUUCUCCUGCUGGCCUUGCUGCAGUCUUUGUGCUGCUCAGGCUUGCCCCUGUACCAGUCAGAGUUGGCGUCCACGGCAGACAAGGCUCUCGACGUGACCAUGACCCAAGUCAACAAUCUGUACGCUGGCCUUCGUCUAUACCGAGUCACCCGUGGCUCUAUCAAAAGGGUUGUUCCUUUGGGAUUGAACACUUAUGACCUGAUGAUGAACUUUGGGAUCAAGGAGACGGACUGUCUGAAGAGCUCUGGAGAAGACCCACAGAGAUGUGCUUUCAGAGUGGGCUUCUUUGUGCCGGCCGCCUCCUGCACCGCACGUGUUCGUGUCACUGCAGAGCUCACUCGGGUUGUGUCCUUGAACUGUGGUCAGGACAGCUCCAGCUCCGAGUCCAGUAGUGAAGAGAACUUCACGAGGAAGAGGCAGCAGUUGAACGUGCAACCAUCUGGGAACAGGGGCCCUGUCCUGCCUGGCUUCCCUGAGGCCACUCUCUUUCCCAGUCACUCUUUCUCCAGACAAGUGGAGCCUCAACCGAUCCCAAGGGGCGACAGCAUCGGCAACCACCUGGAGUGACUCGGCACGACACACCCGGAGUGUAUUCAAUGAUGUGAAAUGUUACGAGUGUUGCAGAUAGAAUAGGGAAUGAAUUGUCAGCUCUAUACAGUACAAUUCUGAAUGACAACCAUAUCUGUUCUACACCAUACAUUUCUAUCUGAAUGUGACAUUCUCCUUAUCAGGCCCUGACAGUACUCGUUGGAAAGCAGGGAGGUUCUGAUAGUGGCGCUGGAACCUAAGAGAUCAUUUCCAAUUAAAUUGAUUACUCUUGUCUGAA